AUGGAAAGACAAAGGGCAGUUGCUAUUUUUGUUGUUGUUGUUGUUGUUUAUCUUGCUUCGUUUCCGUCUUCCACACUCACCUCACACCGUAUAUACUGUCCACCCUAUACCAGAUAUGAACGUUUGCUACCACCAUGUCAGUUAAACCCACCCAAACCCAAACCUAUACCAAGAUCACCUCCGCCAUCUCCGCUCUGCACACCAUCUCCACCCACUAUAUUGUAUCCACCACCACCACCACCACCACCUACUCCAGAGCUUCCACCACCACCACCACGGCGACACUGGCCUCCACCACGUUGCCCUCCUGAUAACUAUGACUGCAGGUGUCAUCAUUAUCAUGAGCGCUGCCGGCCAUGUGGUUACGAUGUCGAUGAUUAUGACUACUGCCCUCCUAUGAACAUAACUAAUUAG